CAAAAUAGUUGGUGUACAUUAGUUCCCUUAGGCUGUGUUUGGGUCCCCGAAAUAUCUCGAAAAAGAAAUAAAAGGCUUUCUGAGUUCCACAUGGGCCCUUAAGGUGCUGAGAUUUAAGCAUGCAAAUCACAAUUCUACUAAAGAAGACGCUAGACGAUCCUAUACAGAAGAACUUACCAAAGAAGAGACUAAAUUGGUGCUAAAAGAGAGACAUGGAAAAAGGAAGAGAUGUAAAAAGUGUGAUCAAGUAUUGGAUGGAGGGAGAAAUUACAAACUUCAUAAUGAUAUGGACUUCAGCAUACAUAUCUCUCUGCUAUUGCUAUUUUGCAGCCAAGUUGGUGCAAAAGGGAAUGCAAAGGCUCUUCUUUCUUCUCCCUGUUGUGUGUCUCUUAUUUCUCCUCCCCCUCAACCUCCACUCCAUUCAUCUCGGUGGCACCACAGGUUUCUUCCUUGCUUGGCUCGCCAACUUCAAAUUACUACUCCUUGCUUUUGGCCAUGGCCCUCUCUCUGACCCUUCCAUCUCUCUCCCUCGUUUUCUUGCCCUUGCUUGCUUCCCUGUUAAUGUCCAGAAACAAACCACUGUUCACUCAUCACAAAAAUCCCAUUUUCAAGAAAACCCAAAAUCCUUUGAAAAAUCUUGUCUUUGUCCUCAAAAUAGAACUUCUCAAGAAAGCCCACACCAAAAAUCCUUGGAAGAAUAUGAUCUUUCCCUCCAAAAUGGUUCUUUUCAGGAGACCCCAUGGAAAAAAUCCUUUGAAAGAUCUGAUCUUUACCCUCAAAAUAGGACUUCACAAGAAAGCCCACAGAAAAAUUCCUUUGAAAAAUCUAAUCCUUUCUCCCUAAAUGGAGAUUUUCAAGAAACCAUACACUUCAAAUCCAUGGAAAAGUUAGAACCUUACUCUAAGCAUGGGAAUUUCACAGAAAAUCCAUAUCCAGAAUCCACUGAAAAUGUUCAUUUUCAGGAAGAGUCACGUGCUGAAAGAUCAAAAUCCCGUCCGAAAUUCUUGAUUUACGCAAUAAAGGGACUUCUGCUCAGUUUUAUGAUCGGGGUCUACAAUUACAGUGAACAUAAACAUCACAAAACGAUGACCCUCACCGUAUAUUUCAUUCACAUUUACAUUUACCUGGAGAUUAUACUAGCCAUUCUCGCAGCCAUGACUAGCGGGUUUCUUGGUCUGGAUUUGGAGCCACAAUUCAAGGACCCGUAUUUCACCACCUCCCUGCAAAACUUCUGGGGUGGAAGAUGGAACCUCAUGGUCAACCGCAUCCUCCGUCCCACCGUCUACAACCCCGUUCUCCGCUUCUCCGCCAACCUUUUCGGCCGGGAAUGGGCGGCGUUCCCCGCCGUGCUGUCCACUUUUGCCGUGUCGGGGUUGAUGCACGAGCUGAUGUUCUUCUAUUUGGGUCGGGUGAAACCCACUUGGGAGAUCACCCUGUUCUUCGUUCUCCAUGGGAGCUGUUUGGCUGUGGAGAUUGCAGUGAAGAAGAAACUGAAGGGGAGGUACAGGCUGCCGAGGUUUGUUGCGACGUCGUUGUCAUUGGGAUUCUUGAUGGCGACGGGCUUUUGGCUGUUCUUUCCGCAGCUGCUGCGCUGUCAAGCUGACACGAAAGCCUUCGCAGAGUAUGCUAAUGUUAGCUCGUUUCUGAAGGAGUUUGGCCGAGCGUUGACUUCAGCUUUUGAGUGAGAGAAGGAGCCCACAAAGGAUUUAAAGAAACAAAUACUCCGUACAUGUAAAAAAAAGUAGGGAUAAGGUCAAAUUGGACCGGUUAUGAUUAUAUGAAAAUCUUAUAUUGGACACUAAUAUUUCAAAUGGAUCAAAUUGGACACUAUGGUUACUUGUGUAUCUCGUAAUCUCAUAUUAGACACUAAAGUUUUAAAAGGAUCAAAUUUACGU